UGCUUUUGUGCCGCAAUUCACAAGCACAGAUGCGUGUUUGACUGGAUUGUAACGUCUUUUUGGUUUAUUUCGAGAAAUCACAGAUGCGUCGUUGAUAUAUAUUAACGUUCUUGGGAAUUGUUUUAAGGAAUAUUUGCUUUUCCUCGCAAUAACAAUGGGAUGCUUUAGAUUCUCGCUGCACGGCCUGGCUUUCAUUUUUCUUGCCGUCCUCCCCGUCAAUGGAGACGUGAGCUACUCUGUCCCGGAAGAGAUGAAACGUGGAUCUGUAAUCGGAAAUAUUGCAAAGGAUCUGGGGCUUGAUUUGGGCAGACUGUCCGCUCGCAAAGCCCGGAUUGAUACCGAGGACAACGGUGUUAAGUACUGCAGUGUAGAUCUGAAGACCGGAGACUUGGUCGUACAGGAAAGGAUCGACAGAGAAGGGCUCUGUGCGAAAAAGGCAUCGUGUGUUCUGAAACAGGAACUUGUUCUGGAAAAUCCAUUAGAGCUUCAUCGUAUUAGUAUCCGUGUCCAGGAUAUUAACGACAAUUCACCGCAGUUUAAGGAGGAUUCACUUAAGAUUGAAAUUAGGGAAUCGGCAGACAAAGGUGCACAUUUUCUUUUAGGAGAAGCGCACGAUGGAGACAUUGGGGAAAAUGCUGUUCAAGGUUACUCACUUCAGCAGAACGAACAUUUUAAAUUAAAUGUUAACACGAAAGCAGGGGGACGAAAAUACUGUGAAUUGGUCUUAGACAAAGAAUUGGACAGAGAGGAAAAAGAAGAGCUUAUGCUGUUGCUUUCUGCAUUUGAUGGUGGCUCUCCUCAGAGAUCAGGUACUGUAGUAAUACAGGUCACUGUGCUGGAUGCUAAUGAUAAUGUGCCAGUGUUUAGUCAGGCCGUUUAUAAAGCCAGUCUGCCUGAAAAUUCUCCUCUGGAUACACUUGUUACCACCAUAAGUGCAACUGACGCUGACGAUGGUUUGAAUAGUGAAGUCACGUAUGCAUUCGAUCAUGUUUCAGAUGAAAAUAGCAACGUGUUCUCUUUAAACCCCAAAACUGGAGAGGUGAGAGUAGCUGGAGCUAUUGAUUAUGAGAAAGUGUCAUCAUAUGAAAUGCAGAUCAGCGCCAAAGAUGGUCUGGGAUUAGUUUCUUAUGUAACGUUAAUAAUUGAAGUUAAUGAUAUAAAUGACAACGCCCCAGUUAUAUCCCUGAAAUCGUUGACUAACCCCAUACCUGAGAACGUGUCACCUGGUACAGAGGUGGGCAUCAUUAACGUGCAGGACAGAGACUCUGAGAAUAACAGACAGGUUCGCUGCUCCAUUCAACAAAAUGUCCCUUUUAAGUUAGUUCCUUCGAUUAAAAACUAUUAUUCUCUGGUGACCACAGGACAACUGGACCGUGAACUAGUGUCAGAUUACAACAUUACAAUCACUGCCACUGACGAGGGCUCUCCACCUCUGUCCUCCUCUAAAACUGUUCAGUUAUCUGUAGCUGACAUCAACGACAACCCACCUGUGUUUGAGGAACAGUCCUACAGCGCAUAUGUGACUGAAAAUAACAAACCUGGCUCCACUUUAUGUUCCGUUACUGCUCGAGACCCCGACUGGAGACAAAACGGUACAGUGGUUUAUUCUCUGUUACCUGGUGAGGUGAACGGUGCCCAGGUGUCCUCCUAUCUAUCAGUUAACGGAGACACGGGGGUGAUCCACGCUGUGAGGUCGUUUGAUUAUGAACAGUUCAGGAGCUUUAAAGUCCACGUGAUGGCCAGAGACAACGGUUCUCCUCCGCUCAGCAGCAACGUGACCGUCAGCGUCUUCAUAUCGGAUGUGAACGACAACUCUCCUCAGAUACUGUACCCCGCCCCGGAGGGCAACUCCUUCAUGACCGAGCUGGUCCCCAAAGCUGCACACGGAGGCUCUCUGGUGUCCAAAGUGAUCGCGGUGGACGCGGACUCCGGACAGAACGCCUGGCUGUCCUAUCAUAUAGUCAAAUCCACUGAUCCGGGACUUUUCACUAUUGGUGUCCACAGCGGAGAGAUCAGGACACAGCGGGACAUUUCUGAAUCUGACAGCAUGAAACAGAACCUUAUUGUGUCGGUGAAAGAUAACGGACAGCCCUCUCUGUCUGCCACCUGUUCCAUGUAUUUACUUAUUUCUGAUAACUUGGCUGAGGUGCCAGAGCUGAAGGACAUUUCUUAUGAUGAGAAGAAUUCAAAACUGACCUCUUACCUAAUCAUCGCGCUGGUCUCUGUCUCUACCUUUUUCCUGACCUUCAUCAUCAUCAUCCUCGGUGGAGGUUUUGUCGCAGGAGAAAGCCCAGACUGUUAUUUGAUGGAGCUGUCGCCAUCCCCAGCGCUUAUCUCCCUCCUAAUUACGCAGAUGUUGAUGCUACAGGAACUUUACGCAGCACUUACAACUAUGACGCCUACCUGACAACAGGUUCUCGAACCAGUGACUUUAAGUUCGUGACAUCUUACAAUGACAACACACUGCCUGCUGACCAGACUCUGAGGAAAAGUCCUUCUGACUUUGCUGACGCGUUUGGAGACUGUGAUGAUUCG